AAAACGGAGAUUGAAUCAGCCAAACUCACUGCUGUACAAAUUAAGAGUUUCUUUUCAGCUGUUCUAUUUUUAUACAAACACAAAACACACUCACGCAUACAUGUCAAUGGCUAGUCUUUUUGGAUUAUCUCCCUCUUUGGACAUUGAAGUCAAGUUUAAUAAUGAAGAGGAGAGAAAGCAUUUGGAAGUUAAGGUAGAGAAAGACAGAAAGGAGAGCUAUCCUCUAUAUCUCGACGGUGAAACUGUAUCUGGAAAGAUUAAUAUAAACUUGAGAGAUGGCAAAAAGAUUGAGCAUAAUGGAAUAAAAGUGGAAUUUGUUGGCUGCAUAGAGCUCUAUUAUGAUAAGGGAAAAUCGCACGAAUUUUUGACUCUCUCUCAAGAGCUUGCAGCUCCUGGAGAGCUGCGUCAAAAUGCCGCGUUUGACUUUGAAUUCAAAAACGUUGAAAAGCAAUAUGAAUGCUAUAAUGGUAUCAAUGUAAAAUUAAGAUAUUUUGUUCGAGUCACAGUAUCUCGUCGCUUGGCUGAUAUUGUUCGUGAAAGGGACAUUUGGGUGAACUCUUACAGAAUGCCUACUGAAGUUAAUAAUUCCAUUAAAAUGGAAGUUGGUAUUGAAGACUGUCUUCAUAUCGAAUUUGAAUAUAACAAGUCCAAAUACCAUUUGAAGGAUGUCAUUGUUGGAAAGAUUUACUUUUUAUUAGUUCGUAUCAAGAUCAAAACGAUGGAGCUUUCGAUCAUUAGACGUGAAACAACUGGUGCAAUGCCUAAUGUGUAUAACGAAAGCGAGACUAUCACCAAAUUUGAAAUAAUGGAUGGUGCACCUGUGAGAGGCGAGACAAUUCCUAUUCGUUUAUUCCUUGGUGGAUUUGAGUUAACACCUACAUUCAGAGAUGUCAACAAGAAGUUCUCGACUAGAUAUUACUUGAAUUUAGUAUUGAUUGAUGAAGAAAAUCGUCGUUAUUUCAAACAACAAGAAAUUACAUUGUUCAGACGCAAAGUUGAUGAUGGAUAUCCACCAGAUGAUGAAGAAUAAAUAUAGAUAUAGAUGCUGCAAACUGUAUUUUAGGAGUAUUAUUUUUUCUUCACAAAAACCGCUAUCUAACACACAAUCUAUGAUUCCCUUUUAUUAUUUGCACGAAAUCUAUACUUAUUUCUGCAUCAUUCUUCACCUAUGUAGUAAUUAUUAAACUUGCUUUAGCUCUCAUAAGCCCUGAUGUAUUGCUUUCAAAGAGGUAUUACUUCCACUUU